GGGGGGAGGAGAAAAGGAGAGCAGAGACGAGAGAAAUUAGGAGGCGGGAGAAAUCCAGGGCAAGAAGGAAGAGGAGAGUCAGAGGAUGGUGGGCAGCGCCUUUUGGAAGCCGCCACGCCGCGUCUCCGGCUGUCCGGGCUGAGCUGGGGCAGGGGGCCGAGGGCGGCGCAGGGUGGGCGCGCAGGUAGCGGGAGGCCGCUCGGCGCGGGCCUCGCCUCCCCAGAGCGCCCCGCUGCGGCCGCGCAGGUCCGGCCGCCGGCCCGGACCAGACCCUGGGUCGCCCCCGGGAGCGCUGAGCGCUCUCGCAGCGUCCGGGCGGGCGGGCUGGCCGUGCGCCCUGGGCGCGCGACGUGGUGAGGCCCCGGGAGCCCUGCGCGCCGGGACGCGCGGGCCGGCGUGGCGAUGCACGCCCUCACCGGCCUCUCUCUGGUCAGCCUGCUCAGCUUCGGCUACCUGUCCUGGGACUGGGCCAAGCCGAGCCUCGUGGCCGACGGGCCCGGGGAGGCCGGCGAGCAGCCCUCGGCCGCUCCACCCCAGCCUCCCCACAUCAUCUUCAUCCUCACCGACGACCAGGGCUACCACGACGUGGGCUACCAUGGUUCGGAUAUCGAGACCCCUACGCUGGACCGGCUGGCGGCCGAGGGUGUCAAGUUGGAGAAUUAUUACAUCCAGCCCAUCUGCACGCCUUCGCGGAGCCAGCUCCUCACUGGCAGGUACCAGAUCCACACAGGACUCCAGCAUUCCAUCAUCCGCCCGCGGCAGCCCAACUGCCUGCCCCUGGACCAGGUGACUCUGCCCCAGAAGCUGCAGGAGGCAGGUUACUCCACCCACAUGGUGGGCAAGUGGCACCUGGGCUUCUACCGGAAGGAGUGUUUACCCACCCGCCGGGGCUUUGACACCUUCCUGGGCUCGCUCACGGGCAACGUGGACUACUACACCUAUGACAACUGUGAUGGCCCGGGGGUGUGCGGGUUUGACCUGCACGAGGGUGAGAGUGUGGCCUGGGGGCUCAGCGGCCAGUACUCUACUAUGCUCUAUGCCCAGCGUGCCAGCCACAUCCUGGCCAGCCACAGCCCCCAGCGGCCCCUCUUCCUCUACGUGGCCUUCCAGGCAGUCCACACACCCCUGCAGUCCCCUCGUGAGUACCUGUACCGCUACCGCACCAUGGGCAACGUGGCCCGGCGGAAGUACGCAGCCAUGGUGACCUGCAUGGAUGAGGCUGUGCACAACAUCACCUGGGCCCUCAAGCGCUAUGGCUUCUACAACAACAGUGUCAUCAUCUUCUCCAGUGAUAAUGGCGGCCAGACUUUCUCGGGGGGCAGCAACUGGCCGCUCCGAGGACGCAAGGGUACCUACUGGGAAGGUGGCGUGCGGGGCCUGGGCUUCGUCCAUAGCCCCCUGCUCAAGCGAAAGCGACGGACAAGCCGGGCCCUGGUGCACAUCACUGACUGGUACCCGACCCUGGUGGGUCUGGCAGGGGGCACUGCCUCAGCAGCCGAUGGGCUAGAUGGCUACGACGUGUGGCCAGCCAUCAGCGAGGGCCGGGCCUCGCCACGCACGGAGAUCCUGCACAACAUCGAUCCGCUCUACAACCACGCCCGGCACGGCUCCCUGGAGGGCGGCUUUGGCAUCUGGAACACCGCCGUGCAGGCCGCCAUCCGCGUGGGCGAGUGGAAGCUGCUGACGGGAGACCCCGGCUAUGGCGACUGGAUCCCACCACAGACUCUGGCCGCCUUCCCUGGCAGCUGGUGGAACCUGGAGCGGAUGGCCAGUGUCCGCCAGGCCGUGUGGCUCUUCAACAUCAGUGCUGACCCUUACGAACGGGAGGACCUGGCCGGCCAGCGGCCCGAUGUGGUCCGCACCCUGCUGGCCCGCCUGGCCGACUAUAACCGCACAGCCAUCCCCGUGCGCUACCCGGCUGAGAACCCCCGCGCCCAUCCUGACUUUAAUGGGGGUGCUUGGGGGCCCUGGGCCAGCGACGAGGAAGAAGAGGAAGAGGAGGAAGGGGAAGGCAGGGCUCGAAGCUUCUCCCGGGGUCGCCGCAAGAAAAAAUGCAAGAUUUGCAAGCUUCGAUCCUUUUUCCGUAAACUCAACACCAGGCUGAUGUCCCAUCGGAUCUGAUGGGGGGCAGCGCGGGGAUCUCUGUUCCCCACAUGUUUUUCCCCACUCAGGCCCUGCCCCUUCUCAGGGAGAAGCCUGAGGUCCAGCGUCCAUCCGUAGGGACUUGGAGGGCACAGAGCCCUCGGUUGAACAGGGUGGGGAACUUGGUUGGGGGCUGGGAGGGAAUCAGACUGGAAUGCCUGGGUCUCGGUCCUGCCUCUUCACUGACUUACUCUGUGACCUCAGGUGACCUGCACUAGCUUUUAGCCUCAGUUUCCUCAUCUGUAAAAUGAGCUCUAAUGACUUUGUGACUCUGUGGUGUGCACCUGGAGCCUGGGGGUAUGGUGGGCUUCCUGGCCGACCUCACCCUUAACUCUGGAUCUGUCUCUGUGGUGCUGUUUGGGUGAGGGGCCUCAGGGAGGCAGCUUCAGGCCCGGACCCCAGCUGGAGCGUGGCAGUCUGGCUGCUCUAGGACGGGACCCCCUGAGUGCUGAGGGUGGAGGUGCAGGGGUCGGGGUUGACCUCCCUGGAUCUUCACAUGGCCUAGGCCAGACUGGUUUUGGGGUGUUGGUGCAAAGCUUUUCUUCCUGCCCCCGCCACUCAGCACCUGGAGCAGUUGGCUUGGCCCUUGGCUGCUGCAGGAUCAAGGGUGGCGGAAACAGCGUGAAAAGUGCCCCCAAAGCAAUACUCGGGACACCUGGGUUCUCCUUUGAGCUUGGGGACAGUCCUUCUCGUCUGGGCCCUGAUUUCCCCACCUGCAAAUGGGGCUGCUGGCCCUGGCCCUGCCUCCUGCACGGAAGACUGGCCGAGGCAGGGGUCGUGGAGGAGCCUGUGAACUGGAUUAAAGUGCCAUGACAUGGA